AUUCCUCAGGUCCUGUGUAGACGUCAGUUUUGUAUUAUGUCAGUAGCAGAGACGUAUUAGUUUAAAAUAUAAAUUCCUUAAUUAUUGUGAUUAAGUGAUUUAGUUGGAAAGUGAUAGGCGAAUCAUGGCUAACAAUCAGCAGGUCGUGAGCAGCCUGAAGGUUAUAUUGGGCAGCAAUGUAGAGUCAAAUAUAAUUGCGUGAGUUUUACACGGUUUCCCCAAAGGAUUUUCCUCAAAAACAAGCCAGAUGGUGGAUACAAGAGCGAUUUUACAGGGCCAUUCUCUUAACGUUUGAAAUUUUCGAUAUACAUCUGCUCGAUAAAGAACGAAGAAGAUUUUGAAGAAUUCAUGCACAAUAUUGUCAACAAGCAAGAGCCCGCCCAUGUGAAUGCAUACAAUGCAAUAAAAAAUGCAAUUUUCGGCGGUAAAAGUAAAACGUUAAUGCAGAAGCAACAGGAAAACGCCAAGAAAUCCGCAAUUGCCAGUACAGUGGAGUCGAAUGAAAAGGGCAAAACUCCCGCGCAAAGCGCCAGUGGGAGCAAGAAAGGCAAAAAGAAGUUCAGAGAUAUCAAGGAGUUUCAGGAAGAGAAAAAGGAGAAAGAAGGCCGACAUGCCUGCGAUUGCAUGGGACAGGAACACGAGUUUAUGAAUAACUGUCUGCAAUGUGGAAGGAUCCAUUGCUUCAAAGAAGGCCCUGGGCCCUGUCUGUUCUGCGGCAAUCCAAUAUCAAUCAGAGGUGAAAUUCAAAGCAGCAGCAACGCCAAAGCGUUGGCCAAGCCCAAAUUGAACAAAGUCUUUGAUGACGACAACGACUACUUCAAAAUGAAGGGAAAAAAACUGGAGGGCAGCAAGCAAAAGAUGGUGGUGGCUUUAGAUUUCGCCAGUCGGCGAGUCAUCGAAAGCACGCAGGAAGAUAUGAAGCUCAAGCAGCUUUUAUUGGAAGACUCCAUCCAGCAUUUGAAACGUGUUGAGGAGGUGUACAGAAACAUCCAGAAACGGGAUCAGCGCUCUUUGCCAAAACACCAUGACGGCAACGACGAGCUGGUGGAUCUUCUGGUUCAAAUGAGGCACAAAAAGCCCACAGAACGCGAAGAUCUCGGGGAAGAAGACAGCGCGAUGCCGCUGAUCCGUUACAACACCAAUAUUCUGGAUGAAGAUCUCAUUGCCACUGUAGAUCAAGGGUUAUGCAUUAGUCUACACCAGCCAUAUGCCAGCUUGUUGGUUGCCGGCGUUAAAAGACAUGAGGGUCGGGUGUGGCCUACAACUCACCGCGGUCGCUUAUGGAUAGCCGCAGCUGCCAAGCAACCCGAAGAAGAGGAAAUUGCGGCCCUGGAAAACUUCUACAGAGUCUUUUAUAAUGAUACAACUUUGAGAUUUCCCCAAGAAUAUCCGACUGGUUGUCUCUUGGGGUGCGUGACUGUGGAAGAUUGCUUGGACCAAGAAGCGUAUAAGAAGCGAUUCGGGGAUAACGAAGAGUCCACUAGUCCAUAUGUGAUGAUUUGCAGCAAUCCGGUCAUUUUGCCCAUCUUCUACCCCAUUAGCGGAAAGCACAAAAUUUAUCCGCUCGACGCUGAAAUGCAUAAGUGUGCAAAAAUAGCCCUGCAGCACGCAAAGUAUAUUUAAUACACACUAGUUAAUUACUGCGUAUACCUAAACUCCGUUUUAAAGCUCUAAGGGGAUUGAAACAGUACCACGUAUUGCAGAAGACAGCUAUAUGUUAGUAUCUAAAGUCAAUGUAUGUGGCUAAAUUUACAGCUUGUGGAGGUAUGACUUAAAUAAUAUCACAUGAAAACAUACUAUUAAGUAAUACUUAAGUAACGUUAAGCAGCACAAGUAUUGCCAUCAGGUGGAAAAGUUCAUUUAUUUGGUGAACACAUUGCUCCUUUGGAUAUGUUCUUGAACCAGUUAAGUAGCGUAUAAGCGAUGAAAAACGAAAACUAAGCUCUCUUGUGGACGCGACAUUAAGUGAGCGUAUUGCCCUUGAGGGUCUAAAACCUCCUAAAAUUAGCAAAUUUCGAAGAAAUUCUACUUGAACGUUUCAACAUACACAUACAGAUCACAGCAUUGGGAAAGGGUAAAUUUAUAUACAAAUCCUUCAAUUAAUACUAAGUAUUGGCAGUUUGGAAAAUCAAUGUUCACAUCGCCAGAAGACUCGAUCGCUGCCUGCGUGCAGCUACUUCUAGCUACCAAUUAUUCAAAUAAAUACAUAAAUAGGUUCCUUUUCAAUAAAUCCUAACCAUCUAUAUAAA